AUGGUGGUUGGCGUGUGUGUCGGCUGUCUGUUUACAUGUUUAGCUUCAGUGUUGACUAUGGCAGGUGGCGGGGCGGUAGAUAUAAACACCAGCCCACCGUUGUGCUGUUUGUGUGUGAGAGGCAUGAGUAAGGAGGCAGCCUGUAUUGCUAUUAUACUUGCUCUUGAAACAGAAACUUCAAAGAAAAAACGAAAAAGAAAAUUAUGGAUGAAGGAAUGGCAUAUAAAAAGACCCAAGUUCUCUCACGACGCCCUAUUAAAGGAACUAGUGGUGUCAUCUAAAGAUUAUAAUAAUUUAUUGAGAAUGGAUGAUGAAACUUUCGUCGAGCUGUUGGAGAAAGUGAAGCCAUAUAUAAAAAAAGAGGACACUAUCUUGAGAGAUGCCAUACCAGCAAGUCAAAGACUCUCUAGUACACUGCGGUUCCUAGCAACUGGUCAGUCUUUUGAGGCCUUAAAGGUUACUACUACCAUUUCUGCUCAGAGUCUUGGUUCCAUUAUAAUGGAAACAUGUACUGCCAUAACAACUGUGCUCAAAAACAACAUCAAGAUGCCACGGACUGAAGAAGAAUGGAGGAGCGUAGCCAAGUCAUUUCAAAGGUCAUGGAAUUUCCCACACUGCAUUGGGGCCAUAGACGGAAAACAUGUUGAGAUAACCAAGCCCCCUGGAUCUGGAUCAUACUACUAUAACUAUAAACACUCAUUUAGUGUAGUUUUAAUGGCAGUUGUUAAUGCAGAUUAUGAAUAUAUGAUGGUAGAUGUAGGAACAAAUGGUAGGGUAUCAGACAGAAGCAUUUUCGCAAACACAAAAUUCUGUAAACAGCUGAAGGAAAAAACAUUGCAUAUCCCUGAGCCAAGCACUCUACCUGGCAGCAGUGAUGUUGUGCCCUAUGUUUUCGUAGGGGAUGAUGCAUUUCCUUUGAUGGUCAAUUUAAUGAAACCCUAUACUCAUCAAAAUCUUUGCAAAGAACAGGACAUCUACAAUUACAGGGUAUCACGAGCCCAUUGUGUUGUGGAAAACGCCUUUGGAAUAUUGGCAUCUAGGUUUCGGAUUCUUCUGAGCACUAUCAAUCUCUGUCCAGCAAAAGUAUCAACAAUAGUCUUGGCAUGUUGUCACCUGCAUAAUUAUUUACGUCAGAGAAAUGUUGCCCUAUAUUUGGAAGAUGCAAUUGACAUAGAGGAUGCAAAUACUAGGCAGGUUAGAGAAGGAAGUUGGAGGUCUGACAGUAGACAGCCUAUUCCGUUAGCACCAACAAAUGUACAAAAUGCACCUUCAUCAGUAAAGGAAAUAAGGGAUACAUAUUGUAACUAUUUCAACAAUGCCGGGUCAUUGCCCUGGUAGGAAACUAGAAUUCAGGGACAUAAUUGAGUUGCAGGAGUAAUAUUAAAUGUUCUAAUAUAGAGCCAUAUUGAAAAAUGUAUUGUACUAGAAUAAGGUGUGCAUUAAUACAAUUAGUACAUAAACUUAUGAAGUUUUC